AUGAAGUUUUUCCCGCUACUUUUGUUGAUUGGUGUUGUAGGCUACGUUAUGAACGUGCUGUUCACUACCUGGUUGCCAACCAACUACAUGUUCGAUCCAAAAACUUUGAACGAAAUAUGUAACUCAGUCAUCAGCAAACACAACACAGAAGACAAUCUGUCCACUGAAGACUUGCUACAGGAUAUCAGAGACGCACUUGCCUCUCAUUACGGGGACGAAUACAUCAACAAGUACGUCAAAGAAGAAUGGGUCUUCAACAAUGCUGGUGGUGCAAUGGGCCAAAUGAUCAUCCUUCAUGCAUCUGUAUCUGAGUAUUUAAUUCUAUUCGGAACCGCUGUUGGCACAGAAGGCCACACAGGUGUUCACUUCGCUGACGACUACUUUACCAUCUUACAUGGUACGCAAAUCGCAGCCCUGCCAUAUGCCACCGAGGCUGAAGUUUAUACUCCUGGUAUGACCCACCACUUGAAGAAGGGAUACGCCAAACAAUACAGCAUGCCAGGCGGCUCCUUCGCCCUUGAGUUGGCUCAAGGCUGGAUCCCAUGCAUGUUGCCGUUCGGGUUCUUGGAUACUUUCUCCAGUACCCUUGAUUUAUACACUUUAUACAGAACUGUCUACCUGACUGCCAGGGACAUGGGUAAGAACUUGUUGCAAAACAAAAAGUUCUAA